AUGCCCCCACCCCCAAGAGUUCGCGCCCGGAACGAACGGGAAUUCCGGUCGGGGCGGAAGCGGCCGCCGGAAGUGGCCGUUGUCAUGGAGCCCGCGGAGGACUGGCUGGUGGAGUCCCUGCGCCUCCUGCCCCGCAGGUACCGGGACCUGCACGCCUUCGACCUGCCCGCGGCCACCCGCGUCCUGGAGUGGGACGGGCACAAGGGAGUCUUCGUGGCUGGCUGCGAACAGCAGAAGAAAAAUGAAAUUCUUCAUCUGCAGUUACCACUCAGGCUUUUUGCUAAAGAGAACCAGGGCCUCUGCCCGGAGCGGGAUUUCAAGGUACUUCACGGAGGCUUCUGGGACAGGCGUGCCUAUGAGCUGAAGCAUGUGCUGGACACCAGGAUCCUGGUGACCAGUGGUGUGCCUGGGGCUUCUCUACAGCUGUGGCAGGUGUCAGAGGACAGUGAUGUCAUCAGAGCCGGCAGCACCAUCUCCGUGCAGGGGGAAGAGGAGGCUCUGUGGCCAAGGGUGUCCAUCUUUGCCACUGCCGCACCCAGAGUCCUGCAUGGGGCGAGGCUCAGCAGCCUGCAGGUGGUAGACCUGGAGUCCCAAAAGACCACAUACACCUCAGGUGCCAACGAUAGCGCGACGCUGAGCACCCUGCAGGUCCUGGAUGCCCACACCUUUGCCUUCUGCUGCACAUCGGGCCGGCUCGGGCUGGUGGACACCCGGGAGACGUGGACGUCGUUGGAGAGGUUCGGGCCCAGCCCUGGUGGCGGGAGCUGGUGCGCCGAAGUUAGGACCCAGAGCCAGGGCCCGGGAGCCAGCCUGGCCAGCCUGGGCUCCAGCGGGCAGCUCCGUAUCCUGGACACCCGCGACCUCAGCCACCCGCUGAGCUCCGCCCAGUGCUCGGUGCCCACGCCCAGCCCUGACCCGCAGCUGCUGCGAGUGACCUGGGCCCCGGUCCUGGCCAACUGUGUGGCUGUUUCAGGUUUCGAUGGGACGGUCCAGGUCUAUGACGUCACAUCCUGGGAUGAAACAGGGCGCCCAGUGGAACCUCUUUUUACUCACCGGGGCCACCUCUUCCCAGAAUACCACGUGGCAGACACAACUCCUCUCGUCACCACCCAUACCUGGCACCCUCACAAACCGAGAACUCUGUUAUCGGCAGCAAAUGACGCCUCUCUGCAUGUGUGGGACUGGGUGGACCCCCAGAGCUUACACUCCUGAGCACCGAUACCCGCAUUGUUCUGCCCUGAGCCUCCAGGAAGAGGAGGAGCCACCAUGUGGCAGCAGCACCAUCCUGGGACUUACCAGGUGACCGCAGGACCUUGGUUCCCGCUGAGUGGCUUUGGGCAAGGUGUCUGCCCUGGAGCUGGAUUGUAA